AGUCCAGCAGCAGCAAAGACACCCCUCAUGGCAAUCAUCUUGGCUGCCGCCCGCAUCGCCCAGCCUCUUGCCCGGUUGGCCCUGAAAGCUCCGCAUUGCAGGGAUGGCGCUACCACUGGCCUGCGCCUGCUUCCUGAGCUCCAGGUCGUGGCCUCUGCCUGGAGGAGCCAGCGCUGCUACGGAACAGAAGUAGAAGAGAUCAGCCAGCGACCUGUCAUCAUCACUGGCUGCGACUCGGGCUUUGGCUUUGCCUUGGCUAAAUUCCUCCAUGACAAGGGGUUCAUUAUCUACGCUGGUUGCCUACUCAAGGAGCAAGGCCGGGGAGGCUCCAAGGACUUGGACAACAUGAAGAGUGACCGAAUGAGGACCAUCCAGCUCAACGUCUGCGACAGUGAGGAAGUGGCACGUGCUGUGGACCACGUGAGCAGCACCCUGAAGGACCCCCAGACCGGGGUCUGGGGACUGGUCAACAAUGCUGGGAUCUCCACCUUUGGGGAGGUGGAAUUCACUAGCAUGGACACCUACAAAGAGGUGGCAGAAGUGAACCUCUGGGGGACCAUCCGGACCACCAAGGCCUUCCUGCCCCUUAUCCGGAGAGCCAAAGGCCGUGUCGUUAACAUCAGCAGCAUGAUGGGCCGGAUGGCCAACCCUGCCCGUUCCCCGUACUGCAUCACCAAGUUUGGGGUGGAGGCCUUCUCUGAUUGCCUGCGCUAUGAGAUGCGCCCACAUGAUGUGAAGGUUUGCAUCGUGGAACCGGGGAACUUCAUUGCCGGCACCAGCCUCUACAGCCCCGAGCGCAUCAAGUCCAUCGCCGACAAGAUGUGGGACGAGCUGCCCGAAAUCGUCCGCCGCGACUAUGGGCGGAAGUACUUUGACGAGCAGAUUGCCAAGAUGGAGUCAUAUUGCAACAGCGGCGCCACAGACACAUCUCCCGUCGUUGAGAGCAUUGCCCACGCCCUCAUCUCCACCACGCCCUACACCCGUUACCACCCCAUGGACUACUACUGGUGGCUGCGCAUGCAGGUCAUGACCCACAUGCCCGCUGCCAUUUCCGACCGCCUCUACAUUUAUUGAUGGGGGGCGGGUGUCCUGCUGGAGCCAAACCAGGAAGGGAAAUUCACUCUAAAGGUUACACUGUACCAUUUCCCAGUAGUCACUUGGUUAGUUGAUUUUAAAGUCUGUAUUUUAGGCUUGGGUUUAAUUUAAUCCCUUGCAUGGUGUGUCUGGUAAGCAGGACUAUCUCGUGUCUUUCAGAGGGACCCAGAUGAGUACUACUUAUUUCAGGUAUUCCCCGUUCCCUCCUUCACCUGGCUUGCGUUAGCCUCAGGGGAGCCUGGUCAUCUCCUCCCCUUUGGCGUUGGGUUCCUCCUCCUGGGAAAAGGCUGCCCACCCAGUCCUGGGGGGCACGGGCCUCACUCCUGCUGGGUGGCAGCUGGUCUUCAGUCCUUUUGUUUUAGCCACGGGGGCGGGGGAGGUUGGGUCUCAGCCGCUGCCAGGGGCCAGUUGUCUGCACCUGUCUUGCACACUCCUUUCCAAAGGUGCUACGGACCAAGCCCUGCCAAGUUCCUCUGCCUCCAGGAGGAGCUGUGCCCACCAGCUCAAACCUUUUGGAGUUCUGCUGGUGAGCAGAGUUCUUCCUGCAAAUGAGGGGGCAGCCCAGGCCCCUGUCAGUUGCUCUUGAAGAGGGCUCCAGGUUGAGUUAUUUGCACUAGGGUCCCUGUGCUGAUGGGUGGGGAAUCGCAGGGACAGGAGGAAGGCCGCCUUCUGUUGUGCGCCAGUCCUUCUCUGCAGCAGCAACGUUAGCCACCCACGGCUCACUCCAUCUUGACCAUGAAGGUCAUUUUUCGUCAUGGCACUUAAAAAGUUGAUCCUCCGGCAGGCCAGGUUGAGCAUGGUGCCUACCCCAACCCAACCCAUGAAGCCUUGCUGCAUUGCUCGUGGUCCCAAAUCCGAGGCCACAGCCAUUGUCUCUCCGAGGCCACCUUGCCAGGGAAGGAUGGCAGAGCUCUGACAUGCUCUCUGUCCCAAGAGGGGUGGCGGUGCAUUGUAGGGAACAGGCCUGUUGCUGGCGGCAGAGGAAGGUGAGGGAGCAUCACACGCCUGUAGCAAACUAACAAGUGGAAGAGUGUGUGAUCAGAUGUUCUCUGCUUUGAUUAACAUUAAACAAUGUGACAAACCUG